CAAACAUCCUUACCUCUUUCCCCUCGGCUGCUGUUCGCGGUGUUUUCAGAAGUCACAUGGAGUGAAUUGCAGGAACCUCGCUGGCAAGCUUUGUUGUACGACGUCUGAAAGCAGUCAUGUUAGCUGAGGCUCGAGGUCCAGACCCGCUGGCUUCAGAAGCACCAUGGCAGCCCCCCAGCGCUGGAGAGGAUCCUAAAGAUCUAGGGAAUCACAACAGGCAACAGGAAGGGGAUCACCAGCGACAUGUGUCCAGCAAAAGAAGCUGCUUCUUAGGCUUGGAAACGAGGCCAGAGCUGGUCUGGGAGGACUGGGACCUGGGAAAAGAGUUUACCAAAACAUUAGUGUUAAAGAACAUUCACAACAAGCUGCAGAAGCUACAUUUGAGGCCUCCAGUGUCCAAGUUUUUCACCAUCUUAAUUCCCCCGAUAAUUGUUGUCAGCCCAGGGACUUCUUUCUCCUUCCCAGUCACCUUUAGACCGCUACAGAGGUGUGAGUAUGAGGACGGCAUUGAGUUUCAAAGUAAAGAUGGCAGCUUCAAAGUAUGCCUCCGUGCCACCAUUCCCUGUCAUGCCUUGGAGGUUCCUGACUCUGUGCUGCUUCCACUCUGUGCUGUUCAACACUCUUCACGCACCACUUUCCGGCUCAAAAAUGCAAGUAAACUCCAGACAUGCUUCAAGUGGGUAUGUGCUGCGCCGUUCCAGCUGAGCCCUGCGAAAGGCCUGUUGAAGCCCAGCCAGGAGUGUCACAUCACUGUGGUCUUCUGGCCACAAGAGGCGCUGGUGUACCAGCAACAGGCCUACUGCAGGUUUGGAGGGGACAAGGCAGAGAGCUGCUGCACUGUGCUGCUGCAGGCACUAGCCAAAUACCCAUGUCUUCAGCUUAGAAAUCCAGCUACCAAGGAGGAAAAAGAACAGGGGGGUCCAGAGCUGCACUUUGGUUCUGUGGCAGUUGGCCAAAGUUUGCAGAAACACUUUGAUAUUUUCAACCCUUCUCCUGUAACUGCAUCUUUCUUUUUGUCACGACUGUCCGGCGGGGUGCCCUUUUUUGGGUCAGAGUUCAGCUGUGACGUCAGCAGGGGUAAGGUGGCGCCUGGUGAAUCACUACGAGCUACAGUCACCUAUUCUCCUGCUGUGGUGGAUACUGUUUCUGUGGAGUACUUAUCUCUAAAAUGCAGAGGGGCACUUAACGAAACCCAGCUUAAACUCACUGGAAGCUGUAUUGGUACCAAAGUUUCCUUGUCCUCCUCUGUGGUGGACUUUGGAUGUGUUGAGGAAGGAGGAGCAGUUAUACAGACAGUAGAGCUGGUUAAUUCUUCUCCUGUUGAAACCAUCUACCAAUGGGACCUUGACUGUAAUGGGCACAGUGUGUUUAGUAUCCAGCCAGCAAGUGGCACUGUACGCCCACAUAGCCAUACCACGCUGAGGGCUGUCUAUAGGCCCACGCAGCCCAUUGCACACCACAGGAGAGUGGCGUGUCUCAUACUGCACCGGGACCCUCUGUUCCUUGACCUGAUUGGUACCUGUCACUCAGAGCUCCAGCAACCAGCCAUUAUGAAACCUGAACACUUGGUUUUGUACAAGUUUCAUUGGUAUCGCAGACAAGACCCACCAGAAACUCUCAGUGCCGUGCAGCAAGAUCAUACUGUACACUUGGAUCAGCGGGGGGUGCACUCCGCCCUGGAGGAGCAGUCAAAUCAAAGACUGCACAGUGCUCAUGUUGUGCCGAGAACUCCCAUGGAGGAAUACUACCAGUCUUGCUUGGGGUGCAUGAAUCCUCUCUCUUCCAGUUCUUCAUCGUCUCCACAUGUAUCCGUGGUGCCAAGUGAGCUGCUGUUUAAUCACAGAAUGUCGUCCUCCUUGUCUACUUCCUCCACUUCCUCGCAGUCUGUGUCCAUCACCAACCAUACCAGAGGGAAACUCAGCCUGGUGUGGACUGUUGCCCAAGACUCUCCGUUUACUGUCUGUCCCUCAUCACGUGACCUGGCUCCACUGAAGUCCACCUCAUUCAGAGUGACCUAUAACCCCAAGCAGCUCAACACUUUGCACGGAGCGCAGCUCGAGUGCUUUGCAUACUAUAAAAUGGAUGAUCAUCAUAUUGGUGAGAGACUGCUUUGUCCGCCUUGGUGUGCGACUGUCAGAGUCAUCGGCCACUCCUUUCAGCCUGGCAAAGAGCACUUCAUCCCAUGCUGCUCUCUGAAGCCCCAUCAAGUGGUGUUUCCGGCCCUGAGUGCUCUUUCUUAUCAGACAGUGCUCCUCCAGAAUGGUGGAGUACUGCCCCUUACUUUCCGUCUGGACCACAGCUCAAACCCUGCCCUGUCAGAGUCAGUGUCUGUAAUUCCGAAUUGUGGUCUGAUCCAGCCUGGGCAUCACCAAAUCCUCACCGUCAGAACAACUCCCACAGAAGACAGUCCCAGACAGGGGUUCAGUUUACAGCUGCAGCUCAAUGCAGAUAAACACACAAAGGAACUGACAGUUGUGAGUGUGGUUGAAAAGCUGCGUGUGUCUCUGGAAGGAGACGGCAGUUUAUAUUUCCAGCCAACAGCUUUGGGAUCACGGACGCGACGAUCCCACCACAUCAGGAAUCUCAGCCGUCUACCUCUGCGGUUCCAAUGGAUCAUUCCAGAGCCAGACCAGGAUCUUAUCUUUGUUGAACCAGAUGCUGGUGAACUGCAUCCCAAUGAGAGCUCAGUCCAGACAUGGUCCUUCAGUCCGCUGACAGAGAAAACGUACUCACUCAAACCUACUCUCACCUUCUGGCCAAUCCAGACUGAUGAACGUAACAAGUCACACCUCACCCUCAAAGUGGUGGGAAUGGGCUCCAAAGGCUUCAUAGAGGCAGAAAAAACAGUCCUGGAUGUAGAUGACACUCUAGUUGGAAGUUACAGGUCAAUUGAAGUUCCUCUGGUGAACAACAGCCCCUGUUCAGUGUCCUUUUGUCUCUCAGUACAGCAGAUACUUCUGGAUGAGGAACUUAUUUAUGACCCUGAGACUGAGCCAAGUGCUCUACAGCUGGACUGUGAGAGGGGAACCAUCACUUCACACUCCAAAAUGCUGCUCCGAUCUACUAUCAGACCAUACAGACGAGGCCAGUACUUGUGGAAAAUCAGCUACCAGACAUUGAAUGCCGGUGGGUUUGCGUCAUCCUUUCCUCAGGCAGUGUGUGAAGUGCGAACUAAGGGUGUGUUCCCCACCCUACAGGUGGCUGAUGUGUGCAGUGGUGGCAGUGUUAGCAGACUCAGCAAGGUGCAUCUAUGGAAACUCUUCUCAUUAGACAGCCUCAACAAGCACCUGCUGUCCGACCCCUCCUCUGUAGAACUCACUUAUGGAACCCCCACCAGGCACAGUGUGCGCAGUUGUCCUUCUAUCUUCACCAAAGUCAUGUUGGAUUUCAACUUUAGUGCUGCUCCCAUGAACUCAGACCCCUCAACAUUUGUGCUGAUGUUUCACAACCCUGGUUCCAUACCUGUUGAUUGGGCAUUCUUGUUUCCAGAGGACCAACAGAUAGAGUUGGAGUACUGGGCAGAGACAGGAGAGUUCAGCCACACUGAGCUGCACCAGAUGAAGGUUCAAGACAACCGUCUGUUCAGCAUUUCUCCUCGUUCUGGAAUUUUGCACCCAGGCCAGCAGAGGGCAGUACAAUUCAGCUACAGCCAUGACUUUGCUGGGACAGAUCGGUUUCCUGUUGUGUUCAAACUCUCUUACGGCAGAGAGAUCUUGCUUAACUUCAAGGGGGUGACAGUGGAGAGAGACAGACCAUACCUCCACUUUGUCUCAAGUCGACAUGUCUUCACCCCUGUAACUAUAGGGGACUGCAGUCCUCCGAGGCAGGUAUGUGAAUUACACAAUGCUGGUGCAGUGCCAGUCCAUUAUGAAGUGGACACAGCUGUGUUGUCACAGCUUCAGAUGGACAACUUUAACCAUCCAGUGCUGUGCUGCCUCAGUCCAGAGGGAGAAGUCCUCCCCGGGAAGACGGCCAUGCUCGAAUGGAUCUUUUCUCCACUGGAGGCUAAGAUGUACCAUAUGGAUAUUCCUAUCCACAUCCAGGAUGGGGAUUCGACACUGGUGAGGUUUGAGGGAUGUGGCUUUGAUACUCCGACACUGGGCUCCUCAAACCCAUUUAACUGCAGUGAUACUAAGGCAUCUGUAGCCUGUGUCCAGAGGGUGCCGUUCCCAGGACAGGUGGUACUUCUGUCUGAGGACAGUGUCUCUCUAGGUGACAUACCAGUGUGCUCACCAUCUUCAAGAAUCCUCUUCCUCACCAAUGUGUCUCACACAGACACUGUCCAAUACACAUGGGACCUGCCCCAGCAGAGCAACCAGCAGGUGGUGCAGAUCAGUCCAGAGCAAGGCAUUCUGUGUCCAGGAGAGAGUGCUCUUUGUGUCCUUACCUUCACUUCUACUGACUACCCCACCGUUUAUCGGCUAGAUUUCAUCUGUCAGGUUAUUCAGCAAGCCGCACUGACUCGGUACCAUGAAGCUUUGCAGCGCUGGGAGAAAGAGAGAGAGAGACAGCAAGAGGAAUUCACUAUCACUGAUAAGAACCUUUCCCACAGCCAAGGAGAUCUGAUAGAUAAGGAAUCUGUAACAGCAGCUCCAGUAAGAAAAGGGCCACCACUCAGGAAAUAUAAGACUCUUCCUCCUAUCUGUGUCAGUAGUAGCUGUGAAACAGUGGGCACUGAACGCACUAAGCUAACAAGAGCUGAUCGGCAGGCAGGGCAUGAAAAAGCAAAGGCACAGAGGCAGCCUGAACCACCCCAACCUGCUCUGCUGCAUCUGGAGGUUACAGCACACUCCCACGGGCUUCUGGAGUACCUUACACACUUUCCUGACCAAUUCAAUAAGCUUCAUAGGUGCCUCCAGUCAGUCAAGCCCCAGAAGCCUGAAACCACUUCUUCAAGCACACCCUUCUCUGUUCGGCUGCCUCCACCAACACAUGGGCCUGAGAAAGACAUCCUCCUGCACAUACUAACCUCUCUGCUAAGGAACAUAGUUGAUGAUUCAGCCUUUGCCCAGUCUCUGAUUGCUUUGGCCUCCAAGCCCAUCACCUACCAGCCAACAGAAUCUUGUCCCUCUCUCUGCCCCCCUACCUGUCCCACAUCUUCAUCUCCAAGUAAAUCCCAACCUCGAGUUCUGUUGAGUGGGACGGAGGCUGGACUGAAUGAAGAGCAAAACACAGUGGACAGGGACGGGGCUGCAGGAUGUUUGGGAAACACACCCCAAACACAGGACACUCUCCACACUGAACGUGUGCCUGCUGACAUGAGUGAAGUUGUUUUGCUGAACACCCUCCAGAACCUGAUGAUGGAAGCUGUCAGAGGAGAGCUUGUCCUUACAGCGCACCCACGCACUGUUAUCUUGCCACCUGUUUCUACCAGAACCAGGAGGAUGUCCAGAGCCAUGGUCGAAGAGGAGCAAGGCAAAAGGGAUACAGUGGGGACUUAAUAUAAAGCCUCGCCAUCUAUCCAACAUCCCAGAGGCCCAUCUCCCUCAAUCAUCUCUCGCUUGCCUAUCAGCUGCCUUUUUUUACAUGAUCAGGUUGCCCUGAGAUAUAAUUUGUAGCUCUCCUGAAUCCCUCCGAGUGCCAUCGAUUCUUUUCUUUCCUUUAUUUGAAUGGCAACUUAAUGAGAAACAUGGUAAAUUCACAAUAUGGCAAUGAUCUGAAAUGUACCCGCAGACAACUUGACCGUGAUAUACUGUAUACUAGAUUUUGUUCCUUUUUGUAUUUGUAUGAAUUCUGCAAGACUAUUAGAUGAAAACUGACCAGAUUAAGAAUUCUGUAAGGCUGAGGAUACAAAAGGACACCAGCAUACUGUACUUUCUCUGAUUUCAUUCAGCAACGGUACUGCAAACAACAUUUACACAACAUUUGGAUUUUACUUUCUGCAUAUCAGCUCUACCCGUCUCAUUUUUUAAUCUUAGGCCAUGAUUCCACAUUUCCCGUGUUGCUCUGUUUGUCUGUCU